CAAAAUAUUACUGACUUUAAGCUCUCCUUUCUCCGACUCCAUUGCUGCUCUGAUCAUCCGUUGGGGCUGUUUGUGAUUGGUUAAUGACUAGUUUAUCUUUCUCAUAGUCGGGGCUUGUGCCGCAGGCUGCUGGCGAGCUGGUAGUGGUUUUCUGUCGACGGCGGAUUGGUUUGCAGAUUAGUCCUGUUGUUUUAUGAGGACAUAAGCUUAGGUUACAAUUUUCAGCAAGGUCGGUGGACACCUUUAUAUCCUCGAACAGCUUCUUGGUUCUCCUUUCACCAGAAACUCAUACAGCGCCAGUCAUUCUCACAUCUAAUCUUUGGUGAUGGAAUUGGAGUCUAAUUACGAUAUCGAUCGCACCGCAGAGUUCAUUUGCAGAAGCAACUUCACCAGGUUUGCCUUGCAGUUCCCAGAUGAGUUAUUGAAGGAUUCAACAAGAGUGGUGAGUGCUCUUAGGAACAAAAUCUGCUCGCUCAGAGAAUCUGAUACUGAAAGACAAGGAGAUAGCAAAGAAGUUAGGUUGUUUGUAAUGGCAGAUACAACUUAUGGUAGUUGUUGUGUUGAUGAGGUAGGGGCAUUGCACGCUGAUGCUGAUUGUGUCAUCCAUUAUGGACAUUCGUGUCUAAGCCCGACAUCAACUCUUCCAGCAUUUUUUGUCUUAGGAAGGGCUUCUGUCAGCAUUUCCAGUUGCGUCGAGAACUUGUCAAAUUGUGCUUUGACCAGUGGCAAGUCAAUUAUAGUCCUUUAUGGGCUGGAGUAUGCACAUGCAAUACCGCAUGUAAGAGAAGCUCUAGAAGAAGUAGCAAGGCUGUCCGAGCAUGGAUUCAAAUUUCAUUUUGCUGACGUUAUGUGUUCUUCAUGCAUCCCUCAAAAGAUCAUAAAAACCCUGGGUGGACUCCCUGGACCAUUUAGUAGUCAUGCUGCUGAUGAUAGUAUUGGUACAGCAACCAGUGCCUGGUAUAACAUUGGAGGCUUGAUCUGGGAUUUAUCUGAAGGGCACAAAAUGGAGGAGUACUUGCUUUUCUGGAUUGGCUCUGAUAAUUCAGCAUUUGCAAAUGUUGUACUGACAUUUAAUGGCUGCGAAAUCGUUAGGUAUGAUCCAAGAGAAGAUCAUUUGGUGACAGACUUUUCUCAACAGAGACGAUUCUUAAGAUGCAGAUAUUAUUUAGUGGAGAAAGCAAAAGAUGCUAACAUCAUUGGGAUUUUGGUUGGAACUCUUGGUGUAGCGGGUUACCUUCAUAUGAUUCAUCAUAUGAAAGAAUUGAUCACUGUAGCAGGGAAAAAAGCUUACACACUUGUUAUGGGCAAACCAAAUCCUGCAAAACUUGCAAACUUUCCUGAGUGUGAUAUUUUCAUCUAUGUAUCUUGCGCUCAAACUGCUCUUUUGGAUAGUAAAGAGUUCUUAGCUCCAGUUAUUACUCCAUUUGAAGCCAUGCUAGCUUUCAACAGAGGAAGUCAAUGGACUGGGAACUAUAUCAUGGAAUUUCGAGAUUUGAUUAGUUCUAAUCCAGUGGAAGAAAAGAAUCAGGUAGAAGAAGCACGGUUUUCAUUCUUUCAGGGUGGAUAUGUGGAAGAUUUUGAUCUGCAUGAAACAAUGAUCAAGGACGACAAUGAGGAUGGAACUCUGGCUUUAGUAAAUACUAUGGAAAAGGCCUUGAAAUUGCGUGAUGGAGAUCCUAAUUCUCUUACUACGAGAACAGCUAAAUCUGGACCAGAAUUUUUCCUUUCUAGAUCAUAUCAUGGUCUUGAGAUAGAUGCUGGCAAUUCUUUGCCUGAGCCAUACAUAAUUGGUAGAAGUGGAAAGGCAUCAGGGUAUAAGGAUGAGAAAAACAAGCAAGAAAUGUAGAGAUCUAAUGUGUUCACAUUACGGACGGGAACGUUUACGUUCUCCUGUCCGACAAAAUCAGUUCAUACUAUCGAAAAGCAAGCACGGCUUUACAGGAACAUUUCCUGCUAGUGGGAAUUUUUGUCAGCAGCUUCAUAUUGGAGACACGGAAUCAGAGUUUCCUUCAAGUUAUCUCGGGGCUUCCUUGCUCAGAGUUGUAAGCUCUUCAUUUUCUUACUAUUCAUUUUUUAUAUUAUUUAUUAUCUUUAGGUGACUUGUUCAAAACAGAACUUGAUCCAAUUAGAAUUAGAAUUACAUAGUUUCUUCCAAUUUCUCAAACAUUUAUAUUGAAAACAUAUUCAAACCAUGAACAACUAUGUUCUAGCAGUAAGUCGAGACCGAGUAACAUUGUUAUUUACAUGAUAAUUAUAAAAUUGAAACCAAA